GGCAAAACUGAUACCUCAAAAUCUCAGAAAUCUCACUAUGUUCUUUUGUCGACUUGUCACGUAAAUUUCCAUCUGGGCUUCCCUAAAUCUCCUUGAAAUCAAAUGGGUUUUCCUCACUUUGCCAAAUUUUCAGUUUUUAAGUAGUUCGUAGUUGCUUCACUAGUAAAAGGGGGAAAAAGGAGGACGAUGACAGUUAAAAAUAGUUCGUCAAUUUCCUAUCUUUCCCCAUCUCUUCCUUCACCUUUUCUAUCCAGAAGAACUUCCACUAAGGUUUGCAUGGGAAGGGGACUGUUCAGUUUGCAGCAAUUUCACGUGGAACAGCUGAAAAAUACUCUAGUUGUCAAGUCAUGCUGGUCCGUACAUGAAAAGCUGGAGUCACAGGAGAAGCUUCCAUAUAGGCGACAAGUUCCCUUGGCUAUCUCUGAGGAUCACUUAGACAAUCGUGAGCUGGAAACAGACAAUUCAGCGAAAGAAGCAGACCACUCAGCUGUUGAAGAUGUUGCCUUUUUGAAUGGUGCGGUCAUCUACACUGAAGGAACUGGAGGAAAACCUGGCUUGAUCUCAUUCUACAAUCGUCCUUAUAAAGUACAAGAUGAAAUGCUAGUGUCCAGCCCCAAGAAGAAACAAAACAACCUUCUGUGGUUAGCUGGUCCUGCAGUUCUUGUAGCCUCUUUCAUCUUCCCCUCUCUUUAUUUGCGCAGGAUUCUAUCAACCAUAUUUGAAGACUCUUUAUUAACAGACUUCCUUAUAUUGUUCUUCACGGAGGCUAUAUUUUACUCUGGAGUUGCCGUGUUUCUUCUUCUGAUAGAUCAUUUAAGGAGACCUUUUGAACCACUGUCUCCAUCAAAUAUCAGGAAUCUUAACCCACAAGUGGGACACAAAAUUUCUUCAGUUGCUGUUCUGGUACUUAGUCUGCUGAUUCCCAUGGUGACAAUGGGUUUUGUCUGGCCAUGGACGGGCCCUGCAGCUUCUGCCACUCUUGCUCCCUAUCUUGUUGGCAUUGUGGUUCAGUUUGCAUUUGAGCGAUAUGCAAGAUAUAUUAAGUCCCCUUCAUGGGCUGUAAUUCCCAUAUUAUUUCAAGUUUACAGGUUACACCAACUCAAUAGAGCAGCACAACUGGUAACUGCUCUUUCUUACACUGUCAAGGGAGCUGAGAUGACAUCGCAUAACUUGGCAAUAAGUAGCUCGCUAAGUACACUAUUAAAUGUCCUCCAGUUUCUUGGCGUGAUUACCAUCUGGUCGCUCUCAAGCUUCAUUAUGAGAUUACUUCCUUCUGCCACCAUUACCGAGGACUAAGUUAUGAGCUAACUGAAGCUCCAUUUGGAUUAUCGACUCCCUCUACAAACGACUCUAAUACUGUUAAUGAUACUGGUGGUUAGUUGAGUGCCAUUGCUUUUUGUGGUGGUCUGACUUGCUCAUCUGGACGGCUUGCUUAUGGCUGACUAUCACUUUGAUGGGAAGCUAAAAUCAUAUACCUUCAUGAAUUCUUCACAGCUUUUGGCAUAUAACAGUCACAGCAAUUCCUUGAAUGAAGAUUCACAGCUGAGAGAUGUUUGCGGAGGUUGCUGGAAUUUAGUUGGUCCGUGCUCAUGUUCAUGUGACUAAAUUUUUUCGCCCUCGUGAUCUUGCCUUCGAUAUCCAUCUGGUAAUUGAAUGGCAAUGUUUUUGUUCGUGGUCAAUUGAAUAUAGAUUGUACAGAUUCUUCUUGCUUGAAACUGUUGUAGGAGUGUCUGUUGAUUAUUAGAGAAUAUUACUUUGCAAUAAGCAUGCUGGUCCAGAAGGGAACUUAAUUUA